UUUUGAUAUUUUGCUAAAAGCUAAUUUAUAGGAUUUUUUUAAAAUACUGUUAUAUAUACAGAUUUCAAUCUAUACACUCGUGAGUCGUGACUACAGUCUACGGUCUCUCGCGCGUUUGCUUCAAAACGAUGUCGUAUUUAGCAUCUCUCGUCCGCCGGCGAACGAGGCCUCUCGCGCUUCGUCCCAGACGAUUUUCAUCCACUGCUCCGACAAUUUCAAUCUGCCGGCCGACCGCGAGUAUCGAGAAGAUUCUGAUCGCCAACAGAGGCGAAAUUGCGUGCAGGAUUAUCCGCACCGCCAGGAGGUUGGGGAUUCGAUCCGUCGCCGUUUACAGCGACGCCGACGAGGACAGCUUGCACGUCAAGCUGGCCGAUGAAGCUGUUCGCAUCGGACCUCCCCCGGCUCGGCUCAGCUAUCUCAGCGCCUCGUCGAUUAUGGAAGCUGCUGCUCGAACAGGCGCUCAGAUGAGUGGAAUGUCUAUCUGGACAUGGGUUGAGUACGAUUUUGCAGCUAUCCACCCAGGUUACGGUUUUUUGUCGGAAAGUGCCGAUUUCGCACAACUUUGUGAAGAUGAGAGUUUCACAUUUAUUGGACCUCCUGCAUCUGCAAUUCGUGACAUGGGUGAUAAAAGUGCUUCAAAGAGAAUAAUGGGUGCAGCAGGAGUACCCCUUGUGCCUGGAUAUCAUGGUGAUGAACAAGAUGUUGACAUGAUGAAAAUAGAAGCUGAUAAAAUUGGAUAUCCUGUAUUGAUCAAGCCUACUCAUGGAGGUGGAGGAAAGGGAAUGAGGAUUGUACAAAGCCCUCAAGACUUUGUUGAUGCUUUCCUUGGAGCCCAAAGAGAGGCUGCUGCAUCUUUUGGGGUAGAUACAAUUCUUUUGGAGAAGUAUAUAACAAAACCAAGGCACAUAGAAGUCCAGAUCUUUGGGGACAAACAUGGUAAUGUCAUACAUCUAAAUGAGAGAGAUUGCAGUGUGCAGAGGAGACACCAGAAGAUUAUUGAGGAAGCUCCUGCUCCAAGCAUUAGCAAUGAUUUUCGAUCUCAGUUGGGCCAAGCUGCUGUAUCUGCCGCCAAGGCAGUCAGGUAUCACAAUGCCGGCACUGUUGAGUUUAUACUCGAUACUAUUUCUGGAGAAUUCUAUUUUAUGGAGAUGAACACCCGUCUUCAGGUUGAACAUCCUGUGACUGAAAUGAUUGUUGGCUAUGAUCUUGUAGAAUGGCAAAUACGUGUAGCGAAUGGGGAACCCCUUCCAAUCAGUCAAUCUGAGGUGCCUCUGAUGGGUCAUGCUUUUGAAUCAAGAAUAUAUGCUGAGAAUGUCCCCAAAGGAUUUCUACCAGCAACUGGGAUUCUUCAUCAUUAUCGUCCUGUUCAAGUUUCAUCGGAAGUUAGGGUUGAGACCGGAGUUGAGCAAGGAGACACUGUUAGCAUGCAUUAUGAUCCCAUGAUAGCUAAACUUGUGGUGUGGGGAGAAGAUCGAACAAGCGCAUUAAUCAAAAUGAAGGACUGCCUGACAAUGUUUCAGGUUGCUGGUCUGCCAACCAAUAUCGAUUUCCUCUUGAAAGUUGCGAACCAUAGAGCUUUCCAAAAUGGAGAGGUCGAAACCCACUUUAUCGAGACGCAUAAAGAUGAUCUAUUUAUUGAUCCGAAUGACGAGUUAUCAAAUCGGCUAGCGUAUACUGGUGCUUUACGAGGGGCCGCCAUUGCAGCUGCUUGUGUUUGUGAAAAGGAGCACAGGGCAAUGAGGGAAAAUGCCCCUGGUAGUAAAAACUAGUGGAACCGAACCAUUUUAUCCUUCCUUUUAUAUUCCUUGGAAAAAGUUGCUAAUCCUGUAAUACUGGACAGGUAAUCUUUCUGUAUGGUAUGCAAGUCCCCCUUUCCGAGUGAAUCACAGUGCUAAGCAGACAAUGGAGCUUGAAUGGGAAGAUGAAUCUGUCAAGGCUGGCCUAAAACUUCCAUCAGUACAAAUCACUUAUUUGUCUGAAGGGAAAUAUGUAAUUG